GGUGAGAGGACAGAGGUCAUCGGCAAAAGUGAGGAAACUGCUAUCUUCCCAGACUCCAAACCGUACCGCCCUCUCUCUAAACACUACCGCGCGCUCUCUCUCUCUCAAACUAUAGUCGAUGGGUCAAAAAAAGAUAGCCCGGAAGAAGCGAGCUCCACUGGAAGACUCUCCUUCUGAUCCGUCUUCUUUAUCAUCAUCGCAAGAAGAUGAACAACUCACCGACCAAGAAGAAGAAGAAAACCACUAUCCAGAACCAACCAAAGAAACACCAGAAUCUGAAUCUUCCAAAGACGAAGAAGAACAAGAAGUUCAAGAAGUAGAAGAAAAGGUAGAGAAAACUAAACCCUCUGUUAAAAAACCCAUCACUCCAGCAAAACCCCAACACCCUCAGUCGUCGGACUCCGACCCGGGAUCCGAUUCGGAGACCCAUUUGGGCUCUCCGACUUUCACGAAGUCCAUCGCUUCCAAGCCCAAGAAACCCACCUCUUCUAAACGCCUCAUGCAAGAGUUUGAAAAGACUGCCAACCAGUCACAGAAGAAAAAGAAGGCCAAGGUCGUCGUUGAGGAGGAGGAGAAGAAGUCUGUCGGCGCGAUUAACAGGUUGUGGAGCGUGGAGGAUGAGGUUUUGAUACUGAAGGGAUUGAUUGACUUCCAGUCCAAGAAUGGGUCCGACCUGCAUCCGGAUAUGGGUAAGUUUCAUGAACUAAUCAAGGAAUCUCUUAGUGUUGAUGUUUCAAAAAAUCAGUUUGUGGAUAAGAUUAGGAAGCUGAAGAGAAAGUACAGUAUCAAUGUUGAGAAAGCAGUUUUCUCACGGCCCCAUGAACGCAAGUGUUUUGAUCUUUCAAAGAAGAUAUGGGGUGAGGGAAAGGAGAAGAAUGGGAUUGAUGGGAAUGAGAAGACUAUCAAGCACGACGAUUCUGCUGCUUUGCCUAAAGAAAAUGAUGGGAAGGAGAGUGCAUUGGGAGAUGAGAAUACAAAUGGAGUUGAUGGGAAUGGAAAGAGUAGUCGGAGUAAAAGAGCGAGAAAGACUGUUGAGCGAGAAAAACAUUUGCCCGAAGGAAAUGGGAAAGAGGGGGUUGCAUUGGGGGAGGAAUUGAAAGGAGGAAAAUUGAAGGAUAUGGAAGUUGAUGAAGUGGGGGACUUCUGGGCAAUGCACCCGUGCUUAAAAGAGUCGUUGGAGAUAGAGACAGAGACAGGGAUGCCUUCCGAUUUGUUAAGGAAGAAUCCUGUGAGGAGAUUUUUGAAGAAAAACAUGAGUACAAUUGGGAAUGAAAAGGCGAUGGAGCUGGAGAAGAAGUGGAAGAAUUUGCGUGCGGAUGAAGUUGUUUUAUCUCUAAGGCGGGGGGAAUUGAUGAACGAGCAGGCAAAGCUGGUGUUGGAUGCAAUGAAUGCUUCAAAGGAUUAGGGUUUUGUAGUAUCGAAUCACUGGUGAAGUGUUAUGCUUUUGAUGAUGGUUAUGGGGCAUUUUUUUGGUAAAAUCCACAGGUCUUUUUGGAAUGCUUUUGGUGAUGGUUAUGGGGCAAUUUUUUGGUUAAAUCCACAUGUCUUUUUGGAAUUUUAGUUAAAGUUACUACAUGUGUGGUGCUGGAUAGCAACUAAUCGUACAAUAGCCUUCAAAUACUGUUGGAUGAACUUGUUUCAUAGGGUUUAUGUUAAUAUUACUAGUUUUGUUACAUAUGCAUGUCGCAUAUUUCACGGAUAAUAUAUGCCGUUGUACACGGCUGUAGUGGUAUCUAACUUCUGAUUCAUGUUUACGAUUCCGAUUUUGUUGAUGAAAAACUUGAAAUAUGAUGGAAUUAAUUAGGAUUUUUUUCUCAAGUUUGAAGUAAAAUUCUGAGUUAUCAAUUUGUGUCAUGCUUUGUAGAUUUAAAAGGUCUCUUAUCCAGUGGAUUGAUUUCACUCUUGAUUGUUGAGCAUUUUUUCAAUAUUGGAGUGAAUCUGUAAACACAAUGUAGAACAAAUCAAUGCGACACUUACUCAUCGGUGAUUGAACAUAACUACUGAACUGAUUACCAAUGAGGCCGUGGCACAUUCGGAUGUUGUACAAAUUCUUGUGUAACUCAUCGUGCAAAAAAAAGUAAAGGAAGAAAUAAAUGCUUGAGUAAAUUCAGCAUUUCAUCAUUGUAUCCUUCUUAACUUUUAUCUUUGGCUUUGAUAGCUACGUUUCUCCUUGUGUUAGUAUUUAGCAUAUGGUUCAAGUUGGUUUGUCGACAUUGACAAAUAGUUUAUGAAGUGGGUGGGAGCAUGUGUCGAGGAUCUCUUUCGCUCACAAUCAUUCCGGUUGAGUGCAUUGGUAGAAAAAACAUAUCCCAGAAUCUGUUGUUCUAGGUAUGGUUCCCCUUAGGAAUUAGUGGUGAAACCAACAUCGGAGAAGGCAGAAAACAAAGUUCGGUUCGUUCAUUCAUCUUCUGCUUGGAUUUGCCCUUACUUAUUUUUGUAAGUGUCUAAAGUAGUAAUAUUUAUUCUUGUCAUUGACGUUUCCCUAUACCUGUCAGUGUUUCUGGUUCGAUGGAGAGAGAGAGGAGAGAGCAUUCUAGAUGCCUUUGUUUGAUGAGCACAUCUUGGAGGAUGUCCAAGAUUUUGCGAUGAUCAAUGAAAGAGAGUUGGUGGAGCAGGAUUCACAGAAUGAGUUGGGGGCAAACCAUAGGUGGUGAUAGUAAUGCAGGAAACCAAGACUCUGGCGGUUUGUUUCAAACCUUUGUAAAUGCUUGAAAGAGAAAAACAUAUCUCUUGUGCACUGCCAUUGGCUGCCUUGGUGUUUCUGCUUUGAUAGAUCUCGUUAAAGAGGAGAUACGAAUGAUGGAAUCCAGUGCAUCCGACUUCUGGAGCAUUUUGGGGCAUGGGCAAUGGCUUUGGCUGUGGGGUCGGAUGGGAUCCUGGCUUUGGCCCUGAGGUGAUCGGUUAUGUUGGAGUUGGCUGUGGUUUUGGUUUUAGCAUUGGCAUAACUCUGGCUGGUUUUGGCAUCGGGCUUUCUGCCAAUUAUAUCCUGGAAGUUCCUUAUUCUGGCUUCACUCUCUCGAUUGUAUUGUAUGAAUUGUAAGCAUAUGAUUUGACAUUCUUUUAAACUUGGUCGUUGUGACAGAAUUAUAAUUCUAGUGGAUCAGUGGGCUCUAUAAGUCUAGCAACAGAUCUAUUUUACGUUGUGGAGUGAAGAAAAGCCUUCUCUGUCACUAUAUAAGCACUGGACAAGCAUUAACAACAUAUACUUGAUUUGGUUCAACGAGACAUGAUCACCAGCAAGAUCUCGUGUUCAAAUUCCUUUAGAAAAUACAUGAAGAGAGAGUGAGAAUCACCUGUUUGAUGAAUCAAUGACAAUGAAAGCUUUGGGUGUCUAAUUUAUUUGGCUGUUUG